AUGGAGGGUGGCGGCGGGGCCGGCGCGGCACCCGGCGCGGGGCCGGGGCCAGAGCCGGAGUCGGAGUCGGAGCCGCAGCCGCAGCCGCAGCUGGAGCUGGAGCCGGAGCCGCAGCCGCUGGUCGGGCUGCCGCUGCUGGAGCCCGGGCUGCCGCUGGGGCCGGCGGCGGGCGCGCCCCUCGGGUACCUGCACGUCCUGUGGCAGCGGGAGGAGCCGGCGGGCAAGAUCCCGGCCCGCCGCCUGCGGAGGGCCGCCCGCCUGCACCGCCGGCUGGGGCCCACGGGCAAGGAGGCCCACGUUCUGAAAAGGCUGCGUGAAGCUGCCAAUAGCAAUGAUUUAGACACAGUGCAGCAACUCUUGGAGGAUGGAACUGAUCCCUGUGCUGCGGACGACAAAGGCCGGACCGCCCUGCACUUCGCCUCCUGCAAUGGCAACGAUCACAUCGUGCAACUGCUUCUGGACCAUGGGGCUGACCCAAACCAGAGAGAUGGGCUGGGCAACACCCCCCUACAUUUGGCUGCCUGCACGAACCAUGUUCCUGUCAUCACCAUGCUGCUGCGCGGAGGGGCCAGAGUUGACGCCUUGGAUCGAGCUGGCAGAACCCCACUGCACCUCGCUAAAUCGAAGCUGAACAUCCUGCAGGAAGGACUGUCCCACAGCCUGGAGGCCGUACGCCUGGAAGUGAAACAGAUUAUCCAGAUGUUGCGGGAAUACCUGGACCGUCUGGGGAGGCAUGAGCAAAAGGAACAGCUGGAUGACCUCUGUUCCAGGUUACAGAUGACAAGCACAAAGGAGCAGGUGGAUGAGGUUACAGACCUCCUGGCCAGCUUCACAUCGCUCAGCCUGCAGAUGCAGAAGAUGGAGAACAGGUAAUGGGCUUCCAAAUCAUCUUCCUGAUGCAGCAGGAGAAGCCUUAGAGAGAAAAAAAGGAAGCUGAAGCUUGCUUCCCAGAUCGCUGAAUAAACAUUGCUGCCAGCGGCCUUUCCUGCCAGACUGACUCUCCAGUGGUGCUCAGACUGUUCCUGUUGGUGCUGCCACAGCUGCCUCACGGGGAGGCAGCAGGCUUUGGACAACAGAGGCAAGAGACAACAGAGUGCCGCAUCUGUGACUUUGGGGUAAAAGAACUGCUCUACUUUUUAUCAGAUGGGCUGGUGAUGAAUAGAAUACCUUUUCCAGAGAUAUUUUACCGCCUUCUAAGUACUUCAGCUUGAUGUAGGUGGUGGCUGAUGUCAUGUACAGUCACCAGCCCUGACUAGUGCACUCAGCAGCUGGCCAGCAUCAUAGAAAUGCUUGAAACGGGCACUUUUUGCCACCUCCAUAGUGCUCAAUUGCCUGAGAGAGAAAGUGAAUACCUUGGACAACAGAAGGCUUUGUGCUGUGAGAAGUACACACGCUUAAUUCUGCAUGCUAGCAGCUGAGCAAACAUACUGCUUUGAGAGACAUGCACUGAGGCUUAAUCCUCACCUUCCCCAUAGCCUGUGGUCAGAGGGCAGAGAAUCUGAUUGUCUGGUUACAAAUGGGAUACAGCUUUUGCUGGCCUCAUUUUUUAAAUCACUGCUGCAAGUUAGUGCUUAGAUACUACAGUGUAACACUUGCAAAAAAUACCCAGGUACACAGCUAGCAGGUCAGAGCUACCCUGAUGCAAGAAUAAGGUUUGGGGGGUGACAAUCUUAACAUAGUUUUAGGUAGACAUCUACAUCUUGCAAAAAACCCCCACCAUAACUGACUUUUGUGUUUCCUGUUACUGGCAGUCUCAGGCAAGGGGUCCCAUUGUGACAGGUGUUGCACGUGCAGCAUAUUAUUGGGCUGGCAUGGAUAUGGGUUUAUGUCUGCCUCAGCAGCACCAAGCCCACUGGUCAGCAAUCCUGUGUUUCUUGCUUGUCAUGCAGAGCCUUAAGUGCAGUGUGAGAAACAAAUCAUGACUUCUGCUGGGAGUCUGAAGUGAUGCAGCUAUGCAGUGAAUUGAUCUUGCUGCUCUCUCACUUCUGCCCCUGUGGUUAGUAAUGAAGAUUUAGAUUACUUUGUUUUGGAGCAGGGAUCAUGAAAUCCCAUUGGUAGGGUGCCAACAGCAGCAGGGAGCAGGAACAUGCCCAAUAAUAAUCUGAAUUCCUACCUGUGUACCACACCAUGGUAGUGCUGUUAGCCAUACCCAUUCCACAGCUUGGAAAUCACUGUUUGGAAGAGUGCCUUAUUAGGAUUCAGCUUAAACAUGCAGCAGCCACAGUUUGGAGCAUUCUUCAGAGACAUUUAGAUCAGCAUGCUCUCUGAUAUCUGCCUCUUGUCCAGGAAGAGAUUAAGUGGACCUCUGUGUUCAAAGCUGAGAUACCAGAAAUAGGCAUGGCUUUUAGAUGAGUUCACCCAUGAGGUGCUGGAGAACAUGACUGGGACCAGCAGUCUUGUGGUUGGUUGGGCUGGAGCUGUCACUAUGAAUAGUGGUACUUUGUUAUGAUGUGCUGGAUGGGAAGGAUGCCGAGGAGGUGGGAGACAAUCUGACCUUUUUGUAUUUUGAACUUCAAUAAAAUCCUGUCAGCCUUUUAAGACUCCUCAGCCAAAUUCUCUUUUUCAGAGCAGCCCAUUUCUCUUUCUUUACUGUAUGUUCCAGGCCCCAUGCACAGCACUGGACUUGGUAACUGCUACUGUCAUAGCUGGUACCGAAAUCAGAAGCGACAACACAAAAUUGUUUGAAUUCAAACACUGCUCUGUUUGCAGAUCAAAGUACAUGGUUGCUGACUGACUUUUUCUGAUCCUGACUCCCACAGACAAGAAAUCCAAACUUGAAAUCUAGGCAUUUGCUGUGAAAACUGAACAAAUAGAGGAGAGAGAUUCUCAGCACUCAGUGCUUCUGCACUCUUGCAAAGGUAUGGAGCUGGUGGGAAGGUAGUGGCUGAAUUUGUGCCUUGCCCCAUGCUGGAUAAAAUGACUGUGCUGUGAAGAGGCAGCAAAGGGAUGAGGGACUGGGGAGGGACAUCUGGGCAGUGCAGAGAAUUUCCAGUGUGGUCCCUGUGUAAGGAGCAGGUGACUUUCAUGUCCAGCCUUUACUUACCCUAUAUCUUCCUGUCUUCACAGCCUAGUCUUGGUGUCCACAUACACCCAGCUAUCAGCGCUUCUGCCCUCAACAGCCUUGUUGCUGAGGAGACCAUUAAGGUGCUCAAAGAGCAGGUGGCUGAAAUGCUCUUUAACUCUGCAGUUAUUUUAGUUGCUGAUGUUGUCUGCUAACUAGACACCCCUUGGAAGCUUACCUCAAAGCGGGAAUACAUCUAGCUGGGACUCAGAGUGAAGCUUUUAGCCUCGGCACACGUGAUAUUGUCGACAGCUCUUCAAGCCUUUGUCUCACCUGGCACUGUUUUUUUCAUAACAGCUCCUGACAGGGGAAAGGUGGGGGUGCUGCAGACAGCCAGGAGCAAUUAUCUUGCUUCUUGUGCAGCACUGCUCCCUCCAUGGGAGGACGAUCAAUAAUAAAACAAGCAGGGUUAUAGGAAGUUUUGCCGCUGCUUUAACAGUAACACCAGGUAAGAAAGACAAAAGGGUAUCUGGUUUUCAGUAGGGAAAAAACUGUAUCAUGUAGGAAUCACAUUCUGUGAAUCACCACACUUAGUUCUGCUUUCCUGCCUCGGGAAUGAAGCACUGGGCUGCUGAGAGCCAUAUCAUGUGUUUGGUACUGGAUGGAGAAAAGUUUUAUGUUUCUUUGCAUCAGCCGGUCUUGCCAAAACCUUAACUACCCUGUCAUGCUCAGCAGCUGUAUCUAGAACAAGUUAGGUGCUGGGGAGGGAAAGAAGGAAAGAAGAGGUUCCAGGGGAGGAGGAGACGGUGGCUUCACGCUGCUAAGAGCUGUUCACUGGCACUGUUUGGUUUUUUUGCUGCUCCUGGCCUAGAGACUUCAGCUUCUCCCAGCAGCUAUUUCCCCCAUCCUUGCACCCUGGGCCACAGAUUUCCAUGCACAGAUUUCCCUGCACAACCCAUGAGGCUGGUGGCAGCUUUCUGCAUCUCCCAGUGGUGUCUGCUGCAGCAAUGGAGAAUAGAAACAACAGCACAGGUUUCCCUCUGCUAUUUGUUUUGCUGUUAUAAUCAGUUCAACCUCCUUAUUUUCUUUGUACCACACCAUCAGACGCACUUCCCAGAUCCCUUCCUGAGCAAUGAUGCAUCCCUGUCCUCAGGGCCAUGAUAUUAACUGGGACUUGACUCUAGGCCUUGUUCCCCCUCACCCCUACCUGACUUCCAAAUACCCUCCAUUUCCCCUCCUCAUUCAGAGCAUGGCUCUGCAGGGAUGUGCUGAAUCCCCAGCUACUGAACCCAGCAGCAACCUCCCUGGCUCUACAGCCGCUGCUGUGCUAUAAGAUGGUACCAAAGCCAGCGAGUAAAGACUGAAAACCUGCUUGUGUCUCACUGAGGACUCACAGCAGAAGCAACAGCCCUGAACAAAACCUCCCAGCAAAGCCACAUGGAUGUUGCUAAGCAAAAGGCCUUUCUCUGAAGCAGCCACUCACCCAUGCAAGCGAAUGUGAAGCGUGCACUGUAAUGUGUGCGAACAUCAAGAGUUUGUUCAGCUCUUCAGCGGCUGAAAUAAUUAAUCUCUGACAUCUGAAUUCCUUUAUUUCCUCCACCUUUGCCUUUCUAGCACACUCCAAAUCCAGCACUGCAAUUACCUGUGCUGCUAAGGAAGCCCAAUGAAGCAUCUCUGGCAAACUCCAUGAAGCAUCUCUGGCAAACCUCCCACCCUUUCAUCUGCUUCCUCUGCUCACUCUGUGAGCAAGACAGAUCUCUUCUCCUUCAUCACAGGAGGGUACUUACAGAAAGAUGCCUUCUUCAUGUGGUGUGCCUGGCCCACGUGGGAGAGCAGCCCUAGGCAGCUGAGGGCUUAGGGGCUCUUGGAAUGGCAGUACUCGGCUAAUGUGGCAAACCAGCCUCUCCAGUGUUAAAGAUGAGCUCAUCAGCCGGGGUGAUGACAAGUAGGAAAGAAAAUACAAGCAAGGAGUCAUUAAUUAAGGCAAGAAGCUAGGAGCAGAGACUGCAGAAUGCUAAUCAGUCUGGAGGGAAGGCUGCGUGGAAAGCAGCAAUGAAGUUCCUUCAGCUUUAAUUAAAUCUAACUAUAUCAAGGAUGUGACAUCUUUGCUUCACCUCUGCUUUUGAGCUGAGAAACCGGUUGGAGCAUGUACGCUGUUACUGGGCAGACAGGAAUUCCCUCCUGGCUCCAGAGCCUUCCCAACUGAAACUCAGUGCCUGCCCAUCCUGCUCACAUGCU